CGUCAUGCAGCGCAGUUGGGUUCUCCCUCCGCGGUCGUCGGAUCCAGGGAGACAUAGCGAGCAGUAAUGGCGGCCGGUUAGAACCACACACAAACACCGCGUCCGCAAACAGCCGCACUCACUGCAGCCCUCCGGGGGCAGCUGGCCUAGCACACCGCGGUGGACCCACAUAUACGGAGACACUGGCUUUGGUGACAAACCGGGGCCAGGAUUAUUCCGCCGAGCUUUGCUGUAUGGGACUUUGAUUCUACUUUUUUUAAAAAAAACAUGGAAGAGCACCCCGGCGGAGGAGGGGUUGGAGCGGGCACCCCCCGGCAGUCUUCACCGCAGCAACAGCAGGGAAACAACAGCUCUAAUCCACCGAUCGGAGGUGGAGGAGUCAUGGUGCCGCACCAGCCGGACGAGCUGCCCCGGCCGCAGCAACAGUACACCAUCCCCGGCAUUCUGCACUACAUUCAGCACGAAUGGGCCCGGUUCGAGAUGGAAAGAGCGCACUGGGAAGUGGAGAGGGCCGAGCUGCAGGCAAGGAUAGCGUUCCUGCAGGGGGAGAGGAAAGGUCAGGAGAACCUGAAGAACGACCUGGUUAGAAGAAUAAAGAUGUUGGAAUACGCUUUAAAGCAGGAACGAGCGAAAUAUCACAAGUUAAAGUAUGGAACAGAGUUAAACCAAGGGGAGAUGAAGAUGCCAAGCUUUGAAUCGGACACCAAAGACUCAGAGGUUUCUGCUGUUCCUGCCAACAGUCAGCUCACCUGGAAGCAAGGAAGACAACUGCUGCGACAGUACCUGCAGGAAGUGGGCUACACUGACACCAUCCUGGACGUCCGCACUCAGAGGGUUCGCUCUCUGCUCGGCCUGUCGGGCUCCGAACAGAACGGCUCGGUGGAGAACAAGAACCUGCAGCACCUGAUCAACGGGACAGAGCGCCGCAAGGACAGCAAGAGGAGUUCAGGUGACGUUUUGGAGACAUUCAACUUCCUGGAAAACCCCGAGGACAGUGAUGAAGAUGAGGAUGAGGAGGGAGACCUGAUGGAUGACAUCACCACAGACAAACAUCACCGCCCCAAAAAACACAAGACCAAGGUUGGGAAUGAAGGCUUGGCGUCGGAGGAUGAUGCUGACACAGAGGAAGCGCUGAAAGAGUUUGACUUUCUGGUGACAGCUGAGGACGGAGAGGGAGCGGGUGAGGCCCGGAGUUCUGGAGACGGGACUGAGUGGGCGGAGCCGCUGCCGUUUGCUGCUGGCAGGGGAAAGUCCUUCAUACUGGGUGGUUCGGACGAUGUGUUGGAGAGUGUUUUGGGAUUGGGCGACCUCGCUGACCUCACAGUCACCAAUGACGAAACAGACUACAGCUAUGACCUGCCGUCCAACAAGGAGUCGUCGUUCAGGAAGACGUGGAACCCCAAGUACACGCUGCGAAGCCACUUUGACGGCGUGCGUGCGUUGGCCUUCCACCCGGUGGAGCCCUGCCUGGUUACUGUGUCUGAGGACCACACGCUCAAACUGUGGAACCUCACCAAGACUGUCCCUGCCAAAAAAAGUGCCUCUUUUGAUGUGGAACCCAUCUACACGUUUAGAGCCCAUGUUGGUCCAGUGUUGUCAUUAGCCAUGACCUCCAGCGGUGAACAGUGUUUCAGCGGAGGCAUCGACUCGACCAUUCAGUGGUGGAACAUCCCCAGCUCUAAUGUUGAUCCCUACGACACCUAUGACCCCAGCGUUCUGGCAGGCUCGUGGGUGGGGCACACAGAUGCUGUGUGGGGAUUGGCCUACAGCGGAAUCAAGAACCGCCUCCUGUCCUGCUCCGCCGACGGCACCGUGAAACUGUGGAACCCAACGGAGAAAAACCCCUGCAUCAACACUUUCAACGCGAGCGAGGAGCACGGGAUCCCCACGUCGGUAGACUUUAACGGAUGCGACCCCGCGCACAUGGUGGCGUCCUUCAACAGCGGAGAUGUGGUGGUGUACGACCUGGAGAGCUCCCAGCAGGCACUGGUGCUUAAGGGCCAGGGAGACGGAAGUUCCAAUCAUAUCAAUAAGGUUGUCAGUCACCCCACACUGCCCGUCACCAUCACCGCACACGAAGAUCGACACAUCAAAUUCUAUGACAACAAGUCAGGCAAAGUGAUUCAUGCCAUGGUAGCUCACCUGGACGCAGUGACCAGUCUGGCUGUGGACCCCAACGGCAUCUACCUGAUGUCUGGCAGCCACGACUGCUCCCUGCGACUGUGGAACCUCGACAGUAAAACGUGCGUUCAGGAGAUCACGGCCCACCGGAAGAAGAGCGAGGAGGCCAUCUACGACGUGGCCUUCCACCCCUCCAAGGCCUACAUCGCCUCGGCCGGCGCCGACGCCCUCGCCAGGGUCUACGUCUAGACAGGAACACCAGGAAGAAGCAGAGCCAUGAACACGGAGCGUGACGAGCCCGCGUUCGCACACCAACAGGAAGCAGGUCUGGACAUAGAACAUGGACUGAACGGACUCACCCGCACACUGCAGCCGAGUGGCGUGCCGAGCGGGACUGGAGCGUUGACACUACAGAAGCCACGCCCACCUCCACUGUAACACUAGUGUGAUUCCUGAAGCUCCGACGGAAGCCACGCCAGAGGAAGUGCUGUUCAGCGCUUCGCUUCAUUUGUCUUGUGACGCCACAGACACGUUUCCACGGUUUCCCAGCGUCGCACUUAAACAGGGAAAAGCUCAAAGCAUUUGCAUUUUAGAGGGACUUUCUUUUAAAUGUUUCUUUUCUUGUCACUAAAUCGUGAUGAAUUGCAGUGGCUGAUUGAGCCUGUUGGUCUGAACCGGUUCCGUGAAUCCACUGCUGCACUAGGUGGCUUCUGGAUCAGCUCAGGUCGGCUCUCGCACCGAGUACAAGCUCACACUAACCAGGGUGAGACGUGGUGAGACGCUGCGGCGCCACAUCAUCCAGACGAUGGAACCGAUGGCUCAGGCAGCAGACGGCAGGUUGAAGACAUGCCACGGUCCAGAUGUGCUGCUACAGAGACAGAGUGGGUCAGUACCGCAGAAGAACAUCUGGGGGGAUUCCACCUUCAGCUGCAGCAGAGAGUUUGAGGAGCAUUUGAUGAUGAAGCCCAUUGAUUUGAGGAGAGAGAGAGAGAGGUCUCAGAUUUUAACCAGUUUAACGUUUUCCAGUUUUUUUAAACGUAAAUCCGAGCUGUCGGUUCUGUUUCUAAAGAUCCAGUCCACCUCUAAGGUUGCGCCUGGGGCUCAGCUGGGCCGAUCCGGGCCCUGUGGUUUGGGCUUUUUGCUGUUCCAGUAACUCCACGGUGACAAUUUGUAUUUUGCUUGCUGGUGUGAAUUCAAUCUAGUUUUUUAAUUGCUUUUUUAUAAACAUCUUGUUGUGACACUAAAGACACUCUGGCUCCUCUUCCCGUUCGGUUCGGUCCAGUUUGGUCCUGCCACCACACACCUAAAUACGUACCUUUGGUUCCUUCCUGUCACACGAUGAGCCUAAAUCCUUGUUUCAGUUUCUGGAUUCCAAAGGGCACUUGGAGUGUGUGGAGGUCCUUUUUGUUUAUCAAUGAGAUAAGAACGAUCAGAACCACAGUAAGCAGGCUGUAGGUCCGUAUGAAACAAGGAUCCUGCCACAACGGUUAGUGCAACAUUCAGACUCAUGGGAUGCUAGAGGCCUGUGAUUCUGUCGCAUUAAAAAGCUGAGCCCGACUCAUGAUCGUUAAACAUUUUCCCAUCAGCCGUGAGCUUUUCCCGGUUUAUGUCUGGAGCUUUGACAUUUGAUGUUAACCAGACUUCAGGAGGAGUCACUGGGCGUUGCCAUGUGACUCUUCAUGGCCGUCUGCUGCUCCUCCUCUUCGUCUUCAUCGCGCGUGACUCUUUUUUAGGUUUUAACCUUGGCGUUUUUACUCUAGGACUGAGCAGAGGAUGACGCGUCUGCCGUCCCCACACUGGGACUUAUUUUAUGCUUGUGGUUUGUUCUUAAUUUAAAUUUGUAACUGAAGGGAUUUGUAGUGUGAGAUGAUUUAUCACAGAAUCUUAUUUUCACCCAACUUACUAUUGACUAAAGACUUUUCGUUUGUGUACUGCAUGAUUAAUACAAUAAAAGUAUUUUUUCUAGUCUUCCAAAAAUGUAAAAAAAAGGAGCUCCAUUUGCAGGUUUUGUAAGUUUUUUUGUUCUUCUGAUUUACAACCUAUGAAAAGCAGAUUUUAAAGAUUGUACCACAUAGCAACUGUUGAAAUGUAUAUAAAAUGUCUAUAAUAACUAUUAAAUGGUGUAUGUGUACAGAG